AUGACAACCCCUUCGCCAUAUCUGCAGACCCUUCAGGCCCUGAAGGGCAAAAGAGAUAGACUCGUCAAGAAACUGCACUCGGACAACGCGACGGAUGACGAUGACAAGCGCUUGCUCAAAGUCCUCAUGGACGUCUGCGAGAAUGUGCGCGCGGCGUCCAAAGAUCCCGGCGCAGCAGACGGGAUGCCAGCUCUCCUCGAUCAGACGAGCAAGAUGCUGGAUACCACAAUUAUGAUGGCAUACGACAGUGAUGCCUUCGACUUUCUGUCCUCUUACGCGCACACCGAGGAUGGCACUGCCCCUCUGAUCAAAGAUCCUACGCAGCAGGCUAAUCUCAUCGGCCAGCUUGGUGACCCCCUCAUCGAGCUCAUGCAGCGCGUACUUGGAUUGCCCCCGCAGAGAGGCGGAUCCUUGCCCGGCAGUCUUCCGCGUCACGUCACAUUCGACUCGACGCCCAAGCCUCACGUAAACACUAGCCCCCUUGCGCGCUUUCGAGACAACUCCGUCCCCGAGAUCCCCUCGUCUGCCCCGACCGCGCAAGCCGUGUACUAUGGCGCCUGUUCGAUCAGCAGCGACGACGUCCCCCCUCUACCUGACCAGAUCAUUACGCAUCCCAACGCCGAUGUCCUCGUCAUGACGGGCUGCAGCGGCUGGAAGCAACGCGAUCCAUUCCUAGCUUAUUUCAAGAUCACUGAUAUUGGUAACAAAUGGGAGGGCGCGCCCGAAGUCGAGGUCAUGGAGUGCGGUCUUUUGGAUAUUGCGCGCCACAUCGCUCUUGACCCAAACCGCAAGCUCAUCUGGGCGGCGGAUGACAAGCGGGCGAAAAGCUACACCUACGAUGGUAGCGGCUACCUCCCCGUGCACACGCUUAGCUGCCAGCGUUCCGGACCGCUCGCUGUAGUCGACAACGGCACGCGCGUCCUUCGCGCAGGCGCAAAGGGCGUGGACGUCUGGAACCUUGACGGCCUGCCUACGCACGGGCCCGAAGGCGACAAGCAUAUUGGGAAGGGCAAAAUCAACAUCUCGAACACCUCGCGCGACCCCGAUGACCUGGAGGAUACCAUUGAACGCUCUCCGGGCGUGAAGCGCACGUCCAGCAUCGACUUCGAUGGCUCAAUUGAAAAGUGGCAUCUGCCGUCCUGGUGGAACACGGGCGGGUCGCUGAAGGCUAUCUCCUCAGGCUUCAUGGCCCGAUCGACUGUCGUGGCGCGAGACCUACAAGACCAAGGAAAAAUUACGCAGAGGUACAUUGGCCAUGGCGGCGACGUGCACUCCAUCACGUCGAGCGACGCAGAUGUUAGCGCGUUCUUGACUUCGGCGAGCGAUGGCAUCGUGCGCCUCUUCGACAUUCGCCAGCCGCUCCCGCAGUUGUCCAUCGACUCUGGAGAGGGCUCUGAGCGGACAUACUCGUCUCUGUAUGUUCACGUCGAUGGCAUCCCUGUCAUCUUCACCGGCGGCACACACAAAACCCAGAGCAUCAAAGUCUGGGACCCGCGCGCCAAAAAGCUCGUCUACGAGCUCGCAACCGGAAACAACGCAGUCCACAGCCUCGCCUGGGACGCCCCACGCGCGACGCUCUAUGCCGCGACGGAGUGCGACGCCAUGGAUCGUAUGGGCUACAGGCACGACUAUCGCCAGGCGCGCGUUCGUGACUUCAAGAUUCACGAUAGGCGCGGGCAGCCGCCUGCACCCGAGGCUGACAAGGAGGGCAAGGGUAAUGAGAUGGAAGUGGAUGGCGAGGAUGAGGAUGAGGACGAGGAAGACUACGGUCACGACCGUGGCUGGCCCGACCGCUCGUCGCAUAAUGAAGAUUACUUUGGCUACCCUUGGGACUGCGGGUAUCAUACUUUGAUCCGCUACAAGUUUGGCCUCGAUGCUGAUCCUAAGGUCGUGCCCGCGUACGGCGAUGUUCCGCCUGGUGGGGACAGCGACUGGUGA